AUGGCCGAGAAACGGAAACAACCUCCACGCGCUGGACGCGAGCCCGCGGCCAAGCGACGUGUCUCCGAAGCCGUCACGCCCCAGUCUUCAAAGAAGAAGGUUCCCACUCCUCGCGUCCCAUCGCAGCCGCCUGAGCCUGUCGAGGCACCUCUACCCACGAAGCUCAAGGAUGGUGAACCAUUGCCGGUGAGGCGCGUGCGACAGCCAGAAUCCCUGUCCGACACAGACUACCAGUCCAUCGCAGAAAGGUUUGAUCAUCAAAUCCUCGCAAAGUUGUCUCAAGCUGACCGUGUUCGAUCAUGCAGCGGAGUAUUACUCGCAUCACUCGAACGAUCCAAGAAGAAAUGGUUAAGCGAUGGCAUUCUGGUUCGAUACUAUACGAAGCCGAAGAAGACGAAGCGCGAGCAGAUCGAAAGGAACAACCCGCCGAAAGACUCCAUGGUAAAGGUUGGACUUUGCGACGUCACCAUUGGUCCUCACUACUUCGACGCCAUGAUGUACACUGUCAAAGACCCCAAUGCGCACCCGCAGCCGCUUCAAUAUGCGCCCCCGCGCCCGAUGAUGCACUACAAUGGCCCAAACAACUUUCAACGAUACCCGCCUUAUCCCUCUCCGAACCAACAACGCCCUCCAUAUUCUCCUGCUUCGUCCGGCCGCCCUUCACAAGGCCAUCAGACACCUCAACAACGUGGGCCGCAGCAUGGGCCAUCUCUGUCGGGGCAGCGGCCAUCGCAGGCGCCGAACGGACAGCCUAGCCAGCCUGCGAAGCCAAGCCCCGACCCAGUCAUUCAGAUGCUUGCUACGCGAGCGGCCGCGGACCCAGAGCUGAAGGCGCUGAUGAGAGUUGUUGCAUCCAGCCAGGCCUCACAAGAGCAACUCCGCGCUUUCCAGGCUCACAUUGAUGAGCUCAACGCAAUCAUCAAGGCCAGGGAACAGCAGCAAAGCGCAGCCAAAACAGCAACACCACAGCCGGCGUCGCAGCCCGGUACGCCAGCGUCACAAGAAAAAGCGGCCCCCGCGCAACCCGAGUCUCAACAAAAGCAAGAAUUAGGAACGAAGACAUCGCAGGAACAGGGAUCUAAGUCUCAGGCGGCGGCUGAAACACCAUCUAAAGAAUCUGAGAAGCAGCCAGCAUCAUCAGAAUCGAAAGCCGCGCCGGCUACAUCACCAUCUGAAGGAACACAAUCUGGCAGCCAGUCUAAAACACCGGCACCGACUCAACCUCCCGCUACCUCCCAGAGCACUACGGCGCCUAUCAAACAGGAACCAGGCACGAAUAACCUGCAAGCCACGCCCACUACAACGCAGCCGUCAGCUUCAACUCCAUCGGCGACCCCGGGUCCUGCCGGCUCCCCUGCUCCCAACGCAGGGUCUCAACCGCAGGGUUCUGCAGCUCACCCUGUUCAAACCCCGGACAAUUUCCAACAACCGCCCCGGCCUGGACAGGCCUAUACUCCCCAACCACCUAUACAGUCCCGCCCUUCACAGUACGGAUCUCCCACGCCCUACUACCGUCCGCCUGCGCCUCCACAAGCUCCGGCUCGCGUUGCAUACAAGGCCGUCGUUUUUGAAUUUACCUCUCCUCUCACCCCGUACGGAAACGUGAACUCUGGUCAUGCUGGCUCGGGUGACCGCUAUCUGUUCCCGGAACAUUCAAUCCUGGAAUGGAUACCGAACGAGAACGUCAUCCUAGCAUCCUUCCUCGUCGUGCGCAAAGUUGAUCCCUCCAAACCCUUCCCAAUCGAACCGGAAGGCGAGCCGGCCACGAGUCGCGGGAAAAGCAAGGCCUCCAAAUCCAAGAAGGGCAAAGGCAAAGACGCCACCGAACCGCCAACCCCCAUCCCAGCAAACCCCACGGGCACUCCUCAGAAGACAGGGCCCACCGAUAAGACAGGCGUCAACCCCAAUCUCGCCGUUUCAGGUACGCCCGGCACUCCCGGCACUCCCGGGCAGCCUGCCGUCAACGACGCAAACCUCAAGGAAUACUGGCAGCCCGUCACAUUCCGGGUCCACGCCAGCAACCCGCGAAUUCUCGAGCCUCUGACACGUGUCGUCAAGCCGGCUGAUGAAGUCCGCAAAUACAUGAACGAGAUUAUGGACCGCGCUGAGCGUGCCCCGGACGGAUUUCCGGCUUUCCGUCUUCCUCGCGAAGAGGCGCACGAGGCCUUUGAGUCCGAAGGGACACCCGCUUCGGUGACAAAUUUGGCUCGGAAUCGACCUUCUCGUGCUGCUAUCAAGGCACCCGAGGAAGAGUCGGAAGUUGAGAACAUGCUUGAUGUGGAAGAGGAAGAGGAUUUGUUAGAUUUUUAUGGCUCGCCGAUGGGACUGCCGCCUCUGAAAGCCUAG